UUGAGGCCUGCUGUCCAGCGCUGCUCUCCCCAGACCAUGUGGCGGUCCUUGUACCGGUGCCCACUCCUCCCGCCCUUCUCGCAAGUGACCAAGGGGGCAGCCGGGUGGGGCACACACCUGGCCCUCUGGAUCCUGGGCCUCGCCUCGGCCGUGGUGCGGAUGGAGAGCCAGGCCUACUCGCCCACCGUCAACACUCACUACGGGAAGCUCCGUGGGGUACGGGUGCCCCUGCCCAGCGAGAUCCUGGGGCCCGUGGACCAGUACCUGGGGGUGCCCUACGCCGCACCUCCCGUCGGGGACAAGCGGUUCCUGCCCCCCGAGCCUCCCCCAUCCUGGUCGGGGAUCCGGAAUGCCACUCACUUCCCCCCAGUGUGCCCACAGAACAUCCACACCGCUGUGCCGGAGAUUAUGCUCCCUAUCUGGUUCACCGCCAACCUCGACAUUGUGGCCACCUACAUCCAGGACCCCAACGAAGACUGUCUGUACCUCAACAUCUACAUCCCCACCGAGGAUGGCUCCAGCGCUAAGAAACAGGGCGAGGACUUAGCGGAUAAUGACGGGGAUGAAGACGAAGACAUCCGAGACAGCGGGGCCAAGCCGGUGAUGGUCUACAUCCAUGGGGGCUCCUACAUGGAAGGCACAGGGAACAUGAUUGACGGCAGCGUGCUGGCCAGCUACGGCAACGUCAUUGUCAUCACUCUCAACUACCGUGUGGGCGUCCUGGGGUUCCUGAGCACCGGCGACCAGGCGGCCAAAGGCAACUAUGGGCUCUUGGACCAGAUCCAGGCGCUGCGCUGGAUCAGCGAGAACAUCGCCUUCUUUGGCGGAGACCCUUUGCGCAUCACCGUCUUUGGGUCGGGCAUCGGGGCUUCCUGCGUCAGCCUGCUCACCCUGUCGCACCACUCCGAAGGUCUCUUCCAGAGAGCCAUCAUCCAGAGCGGCUCCGCUCUGUCCAGUUGGGCAGUCAACUACCAGCCGGUGAAGUACACCAGUUUGCUGGCUGACAAAGUGGGCUGCAAUGUUCUCGACACGGUGGACAUGGUGGACUGCCUGAGGCAGAAGACUGCCAAGGAACUGGUGGAGCAGGACAUCCAGCCAGCACGCUACCACGUGGCCUUUGGGCCAGUCAUCGAUGGGGACGUCAUCCCAGACGACCCAGAGAUCUUGAUGGAGCAGGGAGAGUUUCUCAACUAUGACAUCAUGCUCGGUGUCAACCAGGGUGAGGGACUGAAGUUUGUGGAGGGGGUCGUGGACCCGGAGGAUGGUGUUUCAGGCAGCGAUUUUGAUUAUUCUGUCUCCAAUUUUGUGGACAACCUGUACGGCUACCCAGAGGGUAAGGACACCCUGCGCGAGACCAUCAAGUUCAUGUACACAGACUGGGCUGACCGGGACAACCCGGAAACACGGCGCAAGACCCUGGUGGCCCUCUUCACGGACCACCAGUGGGUGGAGCCAUCAGUGGUGACUGCCGACCUUCACGCUCGCUAUGGGUCCCCCACCUAUUUCUACGCUUUUUAUCACCACUGCCAGAGCCUCAUGAAGCCACCCUGGUCUGAUGCGGCCCACGGGGAUGAGGUGCCUUACGUCUUUGGGAUCCCCAUGAUUGGCCCCACCGACCUCUUUCCCUGCAACUUCUCCAAGAACGACAUCAUGCUCAGUGCCGUGGUUAUGACCUACUGGACCAACUUUGCCAAGACCGGGGACCCUAACAAACCAGUGCCCCAGGACACCAAGUUCAUCCACACCAAGGCCAAUCGGUUUGAGGAAGUGGCCUGGUCCAAGUACAACCCUCGAGAUCAGCUCUACCUGCACAUUGGCCUCAAGCCUCGGGUGCGCGACCACUACCGUGCCACAAAGGUUGCCUUCUGGAAGCAUCUGGUUCCACAUCUGUACAACCUGCACGACAUGUUCCACUACACCUCCACCACCACGAAGGUGCCGCCACCUGACACCACCCAGAAUUCCCACAUGGCGCGCCGUCCCAAUGGGAAGGCCUGGAGCACCAAACGGCCGGCCAUCUCCACCGCCUACACCAGCGAGGGCUCGCAGGAGAAGUGGAACCCCGAGCAAGACGGGGCAGGCACGCUCCUGGUGGAGAACCCCCGAGAUUACUCCACCGAGCUGAGCGUCACGAUUGCCGUGGGGGCCUCGCUCCUCUUCCUCAACGUUCUGGCCUUUGCAGCCCUCUACUACCGGAAGGACAAGCGACGGCAGGACACCCACCGCCAGCCCAGCCCGCAGCAUGCCCCCGCCACCAAUGAUAUCGGGCACACCCCAGAAGAAGAGAUUCCCUCUCUGCAGACCAACCAGUCCCACCACGGAGACUGCGAGGCCGUGCCGACCCACGACGCCCUCCGCCUCUCUGCCUUGCCCGACUACACGCUCACGUUGCGCCGCUCACCCGACGACAUUCCACUCAUGACGCCCAACACCAUCACCAUGAUCCCCAACUCCUUGGUGGGGCUGCAGACCCUGCACCCCUACAACACCUUUGCUGCCAGCUUUAGCAGUACUGGGCUCCCUCACUCACACUCCACCACCCGGGUAUAGCCGCCAUGCACACGCUCCACCUCACUGGACCUUGGGCUAUGGGGCCAGGCAUGGCAACUCUCUUGGCUCGUAGUAACAAGUGCUUUGCUCGCCUCAUCUCAAGAGCAGCUGAGGCUUCAUGGAGUCCGGCAGAGAAGGCGAGCCCCCCCCCACCCCCACCCCGGGGCUGCCCUGAGCUGAGUAAACCCUUUGUGCUCCCAGGUCCAGCUGGCACUGCCGAGGAAGCCCAGGACAGCCCCUUGCCUCCUGGAACAACCGUGGGGGGCUCCGCCUGGGCACCUCCUAGUGGGCACUCUUGGAACAGAGCUGUGCCAGUCUCUCUCUACCAACCUAGAGCCAUGGAGAACGGCUCCCACAAGCUUAGCUGCCACCUUGUGGCUGGAGAUGGCUGGCACUUCCUGGGGCUCUUGGACAGGUGCCAUUUGGGGGUGGGGGUGUUUCUAAGCCCCGUAGUGGGUCCUGGAUCCCCUGGCCUUGAUGCUGGGCCUAGCAGGUACCGCCUGGUACCCUGGCUCCAUAUCACACUUUUCAUGUUGCGGAGAUACCGUCUGUCUGUCUGUUUCUUUCCGAAAGACGUUUUUUAAGCAGAUCUUUAGUUCUUUAAACACUAACGGAGACACCGUGUUUUGUCCUUUGUAAAGAUUUUAAACUAAGUGUUCUUGAUACAGCCAAUUAGACCCACACGUCACCCAGGCGAGCACAGCCACCCCCCCCUCCUCCUCUAGCUGCAUCUGUGCCAAACUAUGAAACCAGCAGGCUUCCCUGGGGUGGGCAGUGGCACAGAGUAGACCACGAGGCCAUUUUGUAUUUUUGAUAUGCCCUUCCUAGCCAUAGUGUCCAGUGGCCCAUCCAUGCUCCUCCCCCUGCCCUCUGCCACGUCGGGUGCCUCCGCUUCAGGCUUCUCCCCCGCCUUUCUUG